AUGGUGGAUGAUAAAAUUCAUUCUCGUGCUCGUGGUCCCGUACAAAUUCUUAAUCGACAACCAAUGGAAGGUCGAUCACGUGAUGGUGGUCUACGAUUUGGAGAGAUGGAACGUGAUUGUCAAAUAUCACAUGGUGCAGCACAAUUUCUUAAAGAACGUCUUUUUGAAGUAUCCGAUCCAUAUCGAGUACAUGUUUGUAAUACUUGUGGUCUUUUGGCUGUUGCAAAUUUAGCUGAAAAAACAUAUAGUUGUACAAGAUGUGCAAAUACAACUCAAAUAUCACAAGUGCGUUUACCAUAUGCAUGCCAUGAUGAUCUUAAGUGGAAUCCAAAUGGUAUUACAGUUGUUGGAAGUAAUACAGCCGGAACAUUGCCAAAUCAAUUAAAUGGUCCACGAGGGUUAUUUUUUCAUCAAAAAACACGAAUUUUAUAUAUUGCCGAUAGAGAUAAUCAUCGUGUACAACAAUUAUUACCAAAUGGUGAGAUAAAGACAAUAGCUGGUGAUCCAAACGGUAGUGAAGGAGCUGGUAAUAAUCGAUUAAAUGAGCCAUCAGCUAUUUAUGUUGAUGAAAACCAAAAUUUAUUUAUCGCUGAUAAUAAAAAUCAUCGCGUGCAAAGAUGGGAAAAAGAUUCAUUAAGUGGAACUACUGUCGCGGGUCAACCAGGAAUUCCAGGUUCAGCUUUAAAUCAAUUAGAUAGUCCUCAGGCUAUAUGGGUUGAUUCAAAGAAUAAUUUAUAUAUUGCAGAUAUGGGAAACCAACGUAUAGUGAAAUGGUCAACAGGUCAAUCACCGAGUGUGGUAGCAGGAGGAAAUGGACGAGGUAAUUCACAGAAUCAAUUGAACGAUCCUGUAGGUCUAGAUUUUGAUGAAGCAAAUGAUGAUUUAUAUAUUUCAAAUUAUGAUGGUCAUUCAAUAACGAAAUGGAAAAUAGGUGAAACACAAGGUGCAUUUAUUGCUGGUACAGUUGGUCAAAAUGGUAAUAGUUCAACACAUUUUUUUCAUCCAUCUACUGUAGCAUUGGAUAAAAAUGGUAACAUGUAUAUUGCUGAUACUUAUAAUCAUCGUAUUCAAUUAUUUUGUCAUGAUUUAUCACAAGAAGGUAUAACAAUUGCUGGUAUAACAGGUCAAAGUGGUAAUAAGAAUAAUCAAUUAAAUAUGCCUCAUGAUUUGGCAUUAGAUACAGAAACACUUGAUUUAUAUGUUUCUGACAGUAGUAAUAAUCGUGUACAAAAAUUUUCUUUUAUUUCAUCAUCAUCAACAAGCAUAAAGAUAAUAAUGGAACAACAAUUGAUAUUAAUGUUAACAACAAUCAGCUUUAUCUUAUUUUAUUGA